AUGUCAGCCCUUUCGGCGAAUCGGUGUUGGUUUUGGCUCCUUCUUAUCAUACUCUUCCGCCCGACCAAUGCCUGGAUAACAGCCGGGCAUCGUCCUCUGCGCAAGCGAACAAUCGUCGACCUUUCCACUGCCAGGCCUCCCAGUUCAUCCCCUCUAGCCAGCACAAACCUACUCAAGACCUAUCCGACGAAUAUCAAACCAAACCUUCUCCCAGACUCCGUGGCUACCUCAUCUCCAGUAACCAUCCCCCAAGACACCCUCCACCUCACUCUCAAUGGGCCUUCAGAUGGUUCCCUGGUUGGUUCAAGAUCUUCUUGGCUUCCUGAAGAGUCCAAGGUUGAAAAGCAGCGGGACCCGAUAAUCGACCGCCUACCCUCGAUUCAGGAGUUGCUUACCAAAUGGGAUCCGGCAAGGAAGUCGACUUCCAAUGCUGAGCCGACAAUUCCCCAAGGAAGUGCCGCCGACGAGCACAUCCGGGGCCAGGUGGCCAAAUUAGUCGACCAGUUCGAGCAACUGAUCAAGGACCACCAACCGACUGCACACCCCGCUCAGGGUCCCAAUCCCACGUAUGAAUCUACCGAGCGGUCUGUCAGGCUCGGCAGUGAGCUGUUGUCUCCAAUCAAAAGACUGCGCUACCUAUUCAAGAAGUUUCUGGCCACAAGCAUGCCUCAGUUGGCUACCAAUCAGCCCGCCGUACCUGGGAAGGCAGACCCACUAGCCACCGUCCAGCUACUCGGGAACGUCCAGGUCCCUCGACCGACUGUUCCCCGCAAUAAUCUGCGACUCGCCAUAGGGCGUCAAAUUCCAACAAAACUCCAUCAAACAGAGUCUACAAGCGCUCCAGCCAUAGCCGACAAAGUUAUUGUGCCUUCGUAUUCGAAGACGACGAAUUCGUUGAUGCUUGGGCCAACCAUUACGGCCGGUAGAGACAUUCUGUCGGCACCCCGACCGCCACAGCUCGAGCGCACACGAGCCUCGGUCAUGAUGAUCUCGAAGAUCUUUAGCAAGAAGCCGUUGAGUGUCACCGUGCUGUCAACCGAUCAGAGCCUCUCACACAAAGAAGUGCAAACUUUGAUUUAUCACUUCUUGGAUCCUGAGCUCCAUACAAGAAUUACGGCUUUUUGUAACGCGUUAUUCAGGAGAUUUGAGGGUGACUCUCAGAAGAGUAGCGAAGCCUUGCAGGAAGAUCAAACCCUCGCAUUGGACCUGCCUUCAGCUCGAAAAUUGGUUUCGAUUGAAAGCACGGAGCAACCGGACGAGGCGGUCUUCUCAAUGUUAAAUCUUCCGCUCCUAGUCUCUUCUCCUGCGCUCGACCACGGGGGCUUUGUCUCUAAAAACUUACAUUCAGCGGAAGGAGCAGCCGCUUCGGCCGAGGGCAGAUCCCUCUACCAGAUGAAUAACAUCAAGGCCCUCUUUGCAACCUUAUAUAGUGCCGCAGGCGUCCAAAUCCAGUUCCUCCAAGUUUUACUCGAGCGAGGGGCAAGCAUUUCCUCCGAACUACCAAUGUCCCAUGCGUUUGAUGAGGUAAGAAAGUUCACGAUUGUGAAGAUCAUUAAACCGUGGUCAGCUUCAAGUCAGAAAACCGUCGGGCAUAUCAUUUCUCAAAUCCGAUCCUUGAUUAAGCCUAUGUUCCGGUUAGAAGCCCCAGAGCAGCGAACCGGUGGACUACAUGUGGAGGCGUUGACUGUGCCCGUAGCCAAGCUUGACCAGCUUGUGCCUCAGCCUUACCAAGAGAUUCCGCUUCGCGGUACCUCAUACCGGAAGAUGUCACUUGAUGGGGAUCGGGCAGUCGAGCAGCCGAAGAUUGCCAUCGCUGCGCCACAACAGCCUCGCCAUUCAGAGAGCUCUCACCUCUCGAGGCUCAUGAGUCAAAAAGCCGCGAGACAAAACCCGAUACAAACGACCCACUCCCUUCAAGAAAACACUCCCACCCAUAGCAGGCCGAUCUCGCUUCAGGUCCUCUUAGAUCCUAAGACCGACACCAAUAUAUUCACCCUCUAUCGCGCGUUAUUCAAGUCAUCAAGACAGUUUGUACAAGGAACCGAGACUCGCCCGCUACAUUCGGUUCACCAGCUUGAUUUUCAUUCUAGUCCAAGAGACCAGCUUCUUGCGGAGAGCUCCUUGCGCACGGUCUCAUCCGCUGGCACUCAUCAAGUUCGGGAUCAGAAUGUUGGAACCGGCAAAUUGAUCGGACAACCUACCGGCCAUUCGGACCCGGUGUUUCAAGUGAUCGGUGCAAAGACCUUGUUUGUCACUGUAAACAGGGUCGUUCAUGAAUACAAAAAUUUCUUCAGCGGCAUGGGUCGGCAAAGUUCGGAGCUGUACUCAGGAUCUGUGAAUUCGAUGUCUUUCAUUCAGGAUAAAAAGUUGACUCUUCUGAACAUAUGCCAAGCCUUUUCAAGCUCUACCCAGAAACCACUCGCGCUGAUUGUCUCCCAGAUCUGGUAUAUCGUGGACAGAUUUCCAAGUACCGCCGCUCUGAGGACAUUCACCAACAAACAACCACUGAGAACACUUGUGCAGGGCGAACGAGAUGGUGUCUUUUCGCGCCUGACUCUAGAUCUUCCCUACAAGCUGACUGGAAGGCGAUCAUCCAGCUCUAAUCCGACAAAAAAUCAGUUGCAACUAACAGACUCGGAGACCACACAAUCUCGUCUCGUCACCCCACCGUCGUCUGAUACCAGACUACCAGGAAUUGGCGAGGGACUUGGAAAUAUCCAAGGCGUUCCAAAGCCUAUCGAAGCCUCUUCCUCCAAAAUCCCCGUGACUGAAAAUGUGAAAAGUCCUAUCCAAUCGCUGCCGCCACCAACUACGACAAACAAGCUCUCGAAUGUUCCACCGCCGCUGGAUCAGGUUCCAGUUUCCGAUCCGGUUGUGGCGAUUCCUGGACCAAGUCUACUAAACGAUGCUUCCAAACGGGUCAACAGAGGCAGCCAGCAGGAGGCUCUCUCCCAAACUACCGAGGACCCUACCCCUCGCAUCCGCCAAAAUCUUGGAAAGAUCGACGACCUGCCAGAAAAACCUGAAGCCAGAGAUCCUAGAAGUCACGCCGAAGUUAUCAAGCAGCUAAAUCAGGUCCCCACAAUUGACCCAUCUCAUCCGACUGAUGACAUCCACGGAUCCGCUGCUACGGCCAUAAAUCCACCGAUAGAAAAACCGAGAGAGCUCAGGAAAGAUGACACACUAGAUAGAAAUCCUUCAGACAACGAGGCAAGUAAAAAAGACGACCACGACCAUCUGGGCCCUCGUAUGUCUUUCUAUCCUGAAUCAGGUCAACAUCAAGUUGAUUGA